AUGCAGCCGGCAGCCGGCCGCACCAGGGCCUGCGGCCCGGGCCACCUGCACCGACCCCCGUUGGGGGGCCUUCCAAGGAGCCAUGGGUCUCCCACACACCCUUGGGAGAGGCCACUGUACAGGGUCCGGCUUGAUGAGCGAGUGCCUGAGGUGCCCAUAGUGAGGCUCCCGUGCCGCACUGAAACACUGACCACCACCGCCAAGAGGCUCCGGGAGAUGUCAGGCACAGCCGAGCUGCCCCAGGAGACAUCAGACACAGAUGACCUGCCCACUGAAACCCAACCAGCYGAGCCCAGUACAGAGCCAUCCCCAGAGACAGGGAAGGAUACUUCUGAGACUGACAAGCUGCCUCCCUGGCUUGGAAUGUGGGGGACUGGGGCAGAGAAGUCUCCCAUUGAAUUGCCAGUGUUGCCCCCCAUCCCACCCCCGCCAGAAGAGAAGCCCCGGCGGAGCCGCUUGACCCGCAACUGGCAGGAGGAGAUAAUCGUGGACCCUCUGGACUCUCGGCCACAGAAGCAUCUGGGCAGCAAGGACUCCCAGCAAGGCUACCAAGGGCUGCCACUCCACCAGCUUCUCUCCUCAAACACCGACAGCACCCCGCCGAAGGACUACGCACCUCUCAGGGCCCUCCUGCUGGGGCAAGGGCAGCGGAAAGCCAAACUGGCAGCCAUGCUCUACGAGAAAUACAGUAAGGAAAUGGAGGAGGAGAUCCGUCCUCCACCGAGCCCCAUGGAAUCCAUCUCCACCACGCACCAUGACUACAACGCCAUGGGUUUCCAGUCCACACCCCAGCCCACCACUCAGCCUCACGACUACUUAACGGAGCAGCCAUCCAGCUUCUGGCUGGAGCAAGCCCGAGAACGGCCGGGUGACACCACCAUCUUCGGCAGAAACGUUCCCUUCAAGAAGAACACAGCCUUCUCCACUCCCAUUACCAUGUACCUAGGACAUCCCGAGCCCUUCAACCUCAAUAACCCCUAUGACCCGCUGAGCAGCCAGCUCCAGCCCUACAGGAAAUAAAAAGCAAGGGGACACAGGUGGUCCCAGCAUCCUUGCCUCCCCCAA